AUGGACAAUGCGGACUCCCCAAGCACCGGCACCGCCCCGCCGCCGGAUGCCACCGCCCCGACGCCGGACGCCACCGCCGACAAAAAGAUGGUCAGGAAGGUGAUCCGCAGAAAGAAGCGACCGGCGAGGGUGCAGAUGGACCCCAGCGAGUUCUCGUCGGAGCCACCGCCCCAGACGGGCACGACGUACAACAUCUGGUUCAACAAGUGGGCGGGAGGAGACAGGGAGGCCUACCAGCAGACCAAGGCCAGGGGCCGGUGCAACGUCGCCCGGGACAGCGGCUUCACCACCGCCGACAAGGUGCCCGGCAGCUACUUCUGCCUGCGCUUCGCCCGGGGCAUCUGCCCCCGCGGCCAGGACUGCACCAACCUGCACCGCCUGCCCGGCACGUUUGACCUGUUCAACCCCAACGUGGACUGCUUCGGCCGGGAAAAGUUUAGCGACUACAGAGACGACAUGGGCGGCGUCGGCAGCUUCAUGCGCCAAAACAGGACCAUAUACGUGGGCCGCAUCCACGUCUCCGACGACAUUGAGGAGAUUGUCGCGCGGCACUUUGCCGAAUGGGGGCCGAUUGAGCGAAUCCGAGUCUUAAACUCUCGCGGAGUCGGCUUCGUCACGUACACAAAAGAGGCCAAUGCGCAGUUUGCCAGAGAAGCAAUGGCUCACCAGUCGCUCGACCACGACGAGAUCCUCAACGUGCGCUGGGCUACGGCGGAUCCCAACCCCAUGGCCCAGGCCAGGGAAGCCCGGCGGGUGGAGGAGCAGGCGGCCGAGGCUGUCCGGAGAGCCCUGCCCGCCGACUUCGUGGCCCAAAUCGAGGGCAAGGAUCCCGAGGCGCGGAAGCGGCGGCGCCUCGAAAGCGCCUACGGGCUGGAAGGCUACGAAGCCCCCGAUGAAGUGCACUUUGCCCGCGGCCGGAACGCCGUGAACCCCGUUGGACGCCGCGGCUACGAGCUCGAGCACCAGCAACGCCUCAUGAUUGCGGACGGCCAGGCGGGCUCGGAAGCAGCACCCGAAGCUGGGGCGUUGUCGUCGUCACAGCCACCAGCACCAGCGCCGGAGGAGAACGGCAUCUUUUCCGGCAGCACCUUGGCGGCGCUGAGCAAGGCCAACCUAGCUGCGGCGCCCAAGCCCAAAGCGACACCCUCUGCUGGGCCCCUUGUUUCUUACGACAGCGAUAGCGACGCCAGUUAG